GAAGUGGAAGUCGUUGCCGCCAGCAGUGUCACUGCAAUGCAGAGGGAGGAGAAGCAGCUUGAGGCAUCAUUAGAUGCAUUGCUGAGUCAAGCAGCUGAUCUGAAGAACUCACUGGGGAGUUUCAUUUAUAAGCUGGAGAACGAGUAUGACCGGCUGACCUGGCCCUCUGUCCUGGACAGCUUUGCCCUGCUCUCGGGACAGAUGAACACUCUGAACAAGGUCUUGAAGCAUGAAAAGACACCACUGUUCCGUAACCAGGUUAUCAUCCCUCUGGUGUUGUCCCCAGACCGAGAUGAAGAUCUCAUGCGACAGACUGAAGGGCGAGUACCUGUUUUCAGCCAUGAGGUGGUCCCUGACCAUCUGAGAACCAAGCCUGACCCUGAAGUUGAAGAGCAGGAGAAGCAACUGACGACAGACGCUGCCCGGAUUGGUGCUGAUGUAGCCCAGAAGCAGAUCCAGAGCUUGAAUAAAAUGUGUUCAAACCUCCUGGAGAAAAUCAGUAAAGAGGAGCGAGAAUCAGAGAGUGGAGGUCUCCGACAGAACAAGCAGACCUUUAACCCUGCAGACACCAAUGCCUUGGUGGCAGCUGUUGCCUUUGGAAAAGGGCUGUCUAAUUGGAGACCCUCAGGAAGCAGUGGUCCUGGUCAGCCAGGCCAGCCAGGAGCUGGGACAAUCCUUGCAGGAGCCUCAGGAUUACAGCAGGUGCAGAUGGCAGGAGCUCCAAGCCAGCAGCAGUCUCUGCUCAGUGGGGUUCAGAUGGCCCAAGCAAGUCAACCAGGGAAAAUGCCAAGUGGAAUAAAAACCAACAUCAAGUCAGCUUCAAUGCAUCCCUACCAGCGGUGAGUGUGGCUGGAAACCUCCAUACCCAGGUGCUUUUUGCAGAGCUGGGCAGAGAAAUUAACUUUUGCCCAACACUGACAUAGAUGGGUACAAUAAAAGAAUACAGGCUUUCGGCAACAGACAAACCCCAUCUCCACCACUGACUAGCUGUUUGACUUUGAGCAAGUGACCUAAUUUUUCUGAACUUGUUUUCUCAUCUGUAGUGUGGAGGUGGUAACACCUACCUCAGGAUUGUUGUGAGGACUUAAGUGAGAAAAUGAAUGUAAAACACUUAGCACAGUACACGAAAUAAUGAGUAUUCCAAAACAUGAUAGUUUCU